UUUUUUUUUUUCAGCUCCACUCUCAAGCCGACACGAUUUGCCGACACGCUUUCCGAUUGUAAAGAUAAAAAUAAAAAACCCAAAUUUCGCUUAUCACUAAAGAAACCAACGCCGAUCCUGAAGUUCGGAUUCUCCGAAACUGUUCUAGUCCGAUCAGUCUCUCUACUGGUUCGGUUCUUCUGCUCGUGUUCGCUUCUGGUCCUUUUGUUUCCAAGCUUGGGAUCUGAUGUCUCGGACGACGAUUGCGAUAUUUCGGCACUUGAGUCUUGUACCGGUAUUCGGAAAUUUUCCGAAGUAUUGACAGCUGAUGGUGAAAACUGAAAAGUCUUUCAGUACGUUCCCAGUUAUGCAACACAAGGAAAAUCAAGUUUUGGCACCUCCCCGAGCUUCUGAUCCUGGUUGGGCCCAUGGAAUUAUGGUAAAUGGGGGUCGCCAAAAGAUUAAGUGCAAAUACUGUCACAAAAUUAUGCUUGGGGGUGGAAUUUCUAGGCUGAAGCAACACUUAGCAGGGGAAAGAGGAAAUGUAGCCCCAUGUGAGGAAGUACCCGAAGAUGUUAAAGUACAGAUGCAACAACAUCUAGGUUUUAAAGUUUUGGAAAGAUUAAAGAGACAGAAAGGACUGAAAAGUAGCAAGGAUUCUAUGUCAUACAGUCAGGAUAAGGAAGAAGGAGAUGAUGGAGACUCAGUGCAGAUUAAGAAUAUGGUUUCUGUUCAAGGCAGUGGUAAGAGAAGGGGAAAAGAGGUUGUGGAAAGAAUCUCCAAUCGAUCUAAGAGACACAAGAAGCAAUAUUUCUCAACUGUUGCACCUGUUGUUGCUCAUUCGAUACACCAGAGUCUUGCUUCCCAGGAGAGCAUGGAUCAAGCUGACAUGGCAGUUGCAAGAUUUUUAUAUGAAGCUGGCAUACAGUUCACUGCUGCCAAUUCCCAGUAUUUUCAAGAGAUGGCUGAUGCUAUUGCUGCUGUUGGCCCCGGUUAUAAGAUGCCUUCUUAUCAUUCUUUGAGGGGUAAAUUGCUUAACAGGAGUGUUCAAGAUGUAAGUGAAUAUGUAGAAGAGCUAAGAAAGUCUUGGGAAGUGACAGGGUGUUCGGUAAUGGUUGAUAGGUGGAUGGACAGAACUGGUCGUACAGUAAUAAACUUCUUUGUUUAUUGUCCAAAGGGUACCAUGUUCCUAAAAUCUGUCGAUGCAUCGGACAUCACAUCUCCUGAGACACUUCUGAAUUUAUUUGAUGGAGUUGUUCAAGAAGUCGGGCAAAAGAAUAUUGUCAAUUUUCUGACAGAUACCUCACCAAGCUAUAAAGAAGCAGGAAAACUUUUAAUGGAGAAAUACAAAACCUUCUUCUGCACUGCCUGUGGAUCACAUUGUAUUGACUUAAUCCUUGAGGAAAUUGGAAAAAUUGAUCUAAUAAAAGAGGUUUUGGCAAAGGCCAGACAGGUAACUCAGUUUAUAUAUAACAAUGCUUGGGUCCUCAAUUUAAUGAGGAAGAAAACGGGUGGAAGAGAUAUUAUCCAGCAUGCAACCACCAGGUUUGUUUCAAUCUUUCUGACGCUACAAAGCAUUGUAUCUUUGAAGGGCCAUCUCCAUCAGAUGUUUACUGGAACUGCUUGGAUGAACUCGAAUUUCUCUAAGCAAAGGGUGGGACUUGAGGUGGCAGAAAUUAUUGUGGACCCACUUUUCUGGUCAAUAGCUGAUCAGACUCUAAAGGUGACAAAGCCAUUACUUUCUGUUUUACAGCUUGUGCACUCUGGAGAGAAGCCAUCUGUAGGAUUCAUAUAUGGUGCAAUGGAAAAAACAAAGAAAACCAUCAUGGUUGCUUUUGAAAACAAGGAAUCUGACUACUUGCCAUAUUUGGAGGUUAUUAAUCGUAUUUGGCAGGAGGAAUUUCAUAGUCCACUACAUGCAGCUGCAUACUACCUGAACCCUUCAAUAUUCUAUAACCCCAGUUUCUCCUCUAAUAAAGUCAUCCAAAAGGGCUUACUUGAUUGCAUUGAAACCUUAGAACCUGAUUUAACAGCUCAAGUUAUGAUUACAAGCAAUGUGAAUUUCUAUGAGGAAGCUGUAGGGGAUUUUGGUCGACCUGUGGCAUUACGAGGUCGAGAGUCAUUGGCUCCAGCUACGUGGUGGUCACUCUAUGCAGCUGAUUACCCAGAUUUACAACGCUUAGCUGUCAGAAUUUUAAGUCAAACUUGCAGUAUCAGCCGAUGUGAGCGGAGUUGGAGCAUGUUUGAACGUAUCCAUUUAAAAAAAAGGAACCGUUUGGAGCAUCAAAGGUUAAAUGACCUCAUCUUUGUCCAUUAUAACUUGCGUCUUCAAGAGAGUAGGCGGCCAGAAGCAAGCAAAGCUAGGAUUAGAAGAGGUACUCUCGACCCUAUGUGCUUAGAAGCUAUGGAUGCCAACAUGGGAGAUUGGGUGGAGGACCCAGGAGUAUUGGAGGGUGAAGACCUGAGCUGGAUGGAUGUAACCGUCCCCAGCGAGACUUCUUUCGUGAGUCACAAACUAAAAGAUCUGGAUGAUUGUAAUGACAGCACGGAUGGUAGAGAUAGUGAUGACAUGAGAGGUAUGGAUGACAAUGAUGAUUUGUAGUGUGGAUGUAUUGCUCAAAGAUAUAAACUUGGCAUGUCAAUUGAUAAUUAAUUGUACUUUCAAACUGCUUGGAAUCGGUCGAUCAACUCUCUUCUCUA